AUGGUCGAGGGCCCCGGCGACCUUUUCUUUGGUCACGAGGCCGAGGAUGACUCCACAUUGGGAAUCUCCGAUGAGGACUACGAAGGGAUCCUCGGGAUGGUUGACGAAAAAACCCUCGCCAGUGACGGCUGUGAGGUUAACAAGGAGGUUGGUGGGGGAAACCAGAGGGAGCCAAAGGAGGUCAGCAUGAACAUGGUGUUGGUGCUACCAUCCGAGUUUUCAGCCCCAAGAGGCCAGACCAACGGCCUAGAUAAUGACGUGGCCGAGGAGCAGCUUGAUCAAAGGCCAAAAACAAAGGAAGAAUUGUUGGCCGUGGCUUUUAACGAGCCGUUAUACAUCUCGGCUCAUGUAGAAGGUGUGCCCGUGUCCAAGGUCUUCGUUGACUAUGGGGCGACGAUCAACAUCCUUCCCUAUUCCCUAAUGAAGAAGCUGGAUAAGUCAAAGGAGGACCUCAUCCCCAGCGACGUGGUCAUGAGCAGCUUUGUCGGCGACAAAUCCAAGACCAUCGGGGUGUUGCCGUUAAAAAUCACCGUGGCCGACCAGACAAGAGUUAAGGCCUUCUACGUAGUCGAAUCCAGCAUGGACUACAAUAGAUUGCUCGGUCGUGACUGGAUCCAUCAGUCUAGAUGCAUACCGUCCUCCUUCUUCCAACUGUUGUUCUUCUGGGACGGCCAGAGGGUGUCCAUACACCCAGCCGACAAAAAACCCUUCGAAACCAACGUCGUGCAAGCACAGAUUUACGACGACGACGUUGGAUAG